GUUAUUGAUAAAACAAUUAAAAAAAGCUUUUUUUAUUGAUAAAAUCUUUUGUAUAAAAUGCAUUUUGUGGCCUUAAUCAAUCAGUGUUAGAUUUUGAAUUUAACAAUCAACAUGAAAUUCAUUGUUCUUACGUUGGCAUUCGUCUGUCUUGCACAGUACGUAUUUGGAGAAGAAACUGACACAGCAAACAUUGAACCUGACACAACAAAAUUUGAUACGGAAGUUGACACACUUUCGAAUAAUUUAGUUGUUGCACUCUCGGCAAGCACCAACAGUAUUUCUGGUGAAGAUGCUGCAGCCGUCCAAAAAUUAAAAGAAACAUCCAUUAAACAACAUGGUAUUAUUACUGCAUUUUUGGUCAAAAAACUUCUUAAAAAAGCUUAUAAACUAUUUAAAAAGAAAUUUUUCAAAAAUAAAUCAGCCACCAAGAUUUUCAAAGAAAAAGUUAAGGAUAUAUUAACUAAAUUCAAAUCAAAUGUUCCCGCCAGCGGACCAGAAGUUAAACAACAAUUAUCGGAAGCCGUGCAGCAAAUUAUAAAUGAAUCCGAUAAUUUGGAAAAGGAAUUGGACGGAAAUUCUAAUAUCGAUGAUGAAAUGGACAAAUUAGCAAAAGAAUCAUUUAGCGAAGCAGCAGCCGAAAUAAAGAGACUCCAACAACCAAAAUCACCUUAAUUUGUUUAUUUUAUUUUUUUGUUGUAAAUCUCUGGUAUUGAUUUUUUGUAAUCUAUCCAUAUUAACAAAAUAAAAUAAAAUAGAUCGAU